AUGUCUCCCGUUGUCUCCUUUCGCGGCGUCAUUGCCGGCUCUGGCCUCGACCUCCUCCAAGCCGAUCUCCUACCCGGCCUCGGGCCCGACCAGCUCCGCUGCUGUGGUCUUGUCCGGCUGACGACCUAUAUCGCCCCCGGCGUCCCGGAAAAGGUUCCCUUCAAGGGCUACCAUCCCUUUCAGGUCUUUGUCAUCUUUCCCAUCUAUGCUAACCCCUGGCUUGUCCUGUGCAAGAAGCUGGCCGAGAGGCCCACCUCUCCCUUUCUGCCUGGCACCCCGUUUACCUGUUCCGGCAAGGUCGCCGGCCUUCUCGAUCACGCCGUUAUGUGUGGACCGCCCGGCUCGGACUGCGAUUACGUCUUCGUCGUCGUCCCGGAUAGCUGGACAUUUCUUGAUAGGCCCUCUGCGGCGGCUGCUGCCUCCGCAUCCCCCCUGGCCGCGCCCCACGGGCGUCAACCUUCUUCUGCCUCGUCUGCAUUCGACCUCGUCCGCGCCGCCUCCUACUCGCUUGCCACGCCCCCGUCGACCGCACCGCCCACGCCUUCCAAGGCCCCAGCACCGGCUGCCGCCGACCCUGUGACGCCGCCGCCCAAGCGCGCCUGCCCGGGCGCGCCCGAUACCCUGGCCAAGAAGGCCCGCCUCUUGCAGCAGCAGCAGUCCCUUUCUUCUUCCUCGUCCAGCACUGCUGGCUCCGCCGCCCCCUCCUCCUCGCCCUUGCUGUCGGCUUUGUCGUCUAGACUGGCCGGCGACCCUCCUGCCCCUGCCCCGGCCUCCGGACCGGGCUCUCCCCUCGACUCUAUUGUCGCGAGCACCUCUGACCCACCUACCCGCCCUCUGCGCCAUCGCAUGCAAAAAUAA